UCCUGCAAUACGAGUUUUUAUUCAGAACAGAGGAUGACCCAUAUUUUUCUGGAAAGAUCACAUUCUCUUAUAGUGAAGAAAGAGAGGCGAGGUUUUUCCUUGUUAAAGACGAUGAGAUAGCAAUGAAGAUAUGGGAGGAAAGCUCAAACUUAAGACAUGAUGCAAUUUUAAAGCUUUGGUUUGUCAGCUAUUGUGACAAGUUCGAAGGUUGGAUUUUGUGCUAUGAGAAAUUCGACCAUCUUCUAACUGAAUGGCUAAAGUUAGAUGACAUCGAAACAAAGAUCAGAGAUAAUGAUUUGCUAAAUACUGAGUUUAGCCCUUCCAUUUGCACACUUAUAGAAGGAAUCAAUUAUCUCAACGAGCGUAAUCUUUUUCACGGGGGUUUGGACCAAAGCUGCAACUUCGUUGUUAUAAAUAAGGAGGUGAAAAUUAUCAAUAUCGGCAAGCAUAGCACUCGUAUGGCGGAGAUAGAUCCUGAGCAAGAUCAAGCAGCACAGCUCCUACAACUAACUAAUCUGAGGUUGAUUGAUUUAAUGGGAAUUAAAUCUUUGCUAUCCUACAUUUUGAAUAGCGCUACGCUAGACGCUUGGAUUGAACGAGACACUUUUCUCGAUUUCUUCGAAUUAGCUCGAACAUUAAGCUACAGAAUGUUCAUCUCAAUGGUUCUUAGACAUCCAUAUUUGAAGACUAGUGCUGAAGCAAGAGUCAAGACAUCUUUCGACAUUCUACGCAUCAGAGAUCGCAAUAAGACAAAAAAAGGCAUUUUUUAUAGUGCUUUGAGGAAAACACAAUUUGACAUGUAUUACCCUUGGGAUGAUGGUAUGAGCGAUCGGUUGAUAGAAGUUUAUAAUUAUAACCGUCAGGGUUGGAGGUCUAACUACAAAGGUUAUAGCAGCAAGUGCCUCCUCAUUUUCAUAAGGAAUGUAUAUUGGCAUCCCAAAACUAGCAUGGAGGCAUAUGAUUCUGAUAUUAGGACUCGAUAUCCCGAUUUUCUUAAUCGUGCUUAUGAGGCGGCAUGCAGAAUAUUUGCGGUUCAAGUGACGUUACUUAUAGAUUUGAAUAUAGAGCAGCAGUAUGUACAGAAUCAAAAUGUUGUACCCAGACGUGACAGAGGCAGAGGCAGAGGCAGAGGCAGAGGCAGAGGCAGAGUUGGCGGACGAUAAUGUUUUGAUAUGUUUGGUUACAGGGGAAAGCAUUCUAACAGACACAAGAAUUUAUGGUACUUAUAAUUGAUGUUUAUCUUGUAUUCUUCUUUCUCCUAUAUGUUUGGUGGAAAGAAAUGAAGUUUCAACAAUGCCUACUUUAGUUCGCUUUUCAUCUUGAGUUUCUAU